CACUCCUUGCUUAGACGUCUGUUUGUUUACUUUCGUUUCGCCCCGUACCAACAACAUGCCGCAACACACUGUGAUAUUGGCAAUUUUGUGCUACAAUUAGUCUGCAUAUGCGGUAAACGGAAAAUGCAAUGGUUUGUGUAAACAGUUGGCAACAAAACCACUCGACAAAUACCGUGUUUGACCACCAUUUGCGCCAGUGGAAAUGUUACCGCAGUACGAGCGACUCGUAGAUCCCAAUGUGAGCGAUACUGGUGGUGGCGGCACCCUCCGGAGAAGUACAUUUCGCGUCCGAUUCGGUAAGUUGGCCGUCGGGACAGUUAUGCUGCCGGUUACGGGCUUUCUGUUCUGCGUCAUCUGGUCGCUGCUGUACAACUUCGAGCAGGCGAAUGCGACCCACUGUCUGGUGUACAAUUUCCUGCCCUCGCUAUCGGCGGCGAUCGGUAACUACCAGCCGCAACGAUUCGUGUGGCAGUUUUCGGUGCUAUUUCACGCUCCGUUCCGGUACGCGAUUGCAUUCCUGUACAAAAACCAUCACCUAACGCUGUUGACACGGAAGCAUCGCAAAGAGUGGGCCUACCUAGCGUGUAUUUUAAACAUCGUAGAGUUAAGCUCGCUGGUCGGUUUAAGCUUAUGGACCUCCAGCAACAACUAUGAAAUUCACAAAUUUUGUUUCAGUGCCUUUGUGAUCUGUUCCAUACUGUACAUGCUUCUGGUGGUGCUCAUCAAUCGACUAACGCGCGCCGACGAGAUGCUUACACUGGCGGAGCGUAAAUCGUUGCGCUUCAAGCGCCGACUGCUGGUGGUGAAUGUGGCUUCCAUACUGUUUGCGGUGUACUUCUUCGUGCGCCACAACAGCCAUUGCGAGCCGGGCAUCUAUUCACUGUUUGCGCUAAGCGAGUACGUGUUCGUGUACUCCAACAUCGGCUUCCACAUUACGGCCUACUGGGACUUUAUAAAAGCAAAUGUGUACUUCCAUUGGCGCACCGGCAUACACUUUAGCUCCGUUUAAAAGGGAUGGACACGUCAUCGAAAGUGUGAUCUCUGUGCGUGUGUCGUUGGUCGGUUGCGCUCGCGCCUAAACAUAAAUGAUCUUAUAAGAUAAGAUAGCAGCAAUACGCUUGUAUAUACAUCCGCUCCACUAAG